GUAGUUUUGCGCCGAGUUGCCAGACGGCGCCCUGUGUGUGAGUGGCAAAGAAGCGUGCUGUGCGUAAAUAAACAGCAUUUUCUGUGGCUAAAAAUCCAGCAGACGGCACAAAAACCACCCAAAUCCGUGCUCUGGCACCCCAGCAUUGCGGUGCGCGUGGUGAUUUGCAGUGCAGUGUGAUAUUUGAGUGGGAAAAACAGCUGAGAAGUGCGAGCCGCCUGUGACAAGUCGGGGCGCCCCCAUUGUUUCAAUGGCGUCUGACGAUGAAAUCGAGUCGUUCACCGCCGAAGACGCUCAGCGUGAGGAGUUCGAGGGCGGAGGCGGCGGGGAGGCGUCCGGAGACUCCGACGAGGCACUGGAGAAAGUGAGGAAUGACGACGACGACGAUUACGAGCCGGAGGAUGGACGCAAGAAGAAGAAGGGGAAGAAGCGCAAGCUGAAGAAUGAGCGCGGGAAGAAGAAGAAAAAGAAGAAGAAGAACGACAGCGGCGACGAGAGCGAUUAUCCGCAUGAGGAGGCGGCGGCCGGCGAUUCGGACUACUCGACGCCGAAGCGCGGUCGAAAGAAGCGCGAGAGUGAGAAGCGUCACCAGCAGAAUCCGCCGUCCAACUCGGGCGCCUCGGGCUCCGGUGGCAUGCCGACGGUGGAAGAGGUGUGCGAGUCCUUUGACAUCACGGACAUCCCGAUUGAGUACAGCGAGGCGGACUUCCAGAACCUGGUGACGUACAAGAUGUUCCAGAUGCACGUGCGACCGAUUCUGCAGAAGGAGAACCCACGCGUGCCCAUGUCCAAGCUGAUGAUGCUGGUGGGCGCCAAGUGGCGCGAGUUCACGGAGCUGAAUCCGCACCUGCAAUCGGAGGAGGUGCGCGAGGAGGAGAUCUCGGCGCCGCCGUCGCCUGAGUAUCAGCCCAAGCCGAGCCGCAGUCGCGCCAAGGCAGACAAGGCGGAGGAGUAUGCUGGCGAGGAGGACGAGGAGGAGGAUGAGGAGGAGCAGAAGUCGAAGAAGAAGCGUGGCCGCUCGGGCGCCAGCAAGAAGGGCCGGCGAUCGUCGGGCAAGGUGCCGACGCUGAAGAUCAAGUUUGGCAAGAGGCGCCACGGCAGCUCGGAUGACGAUGCGGACGGUGCGUCGGCGGGCUCUGAGCGGGACUCGGACGUGGAGUUCGAGAAGAUGCUGCAGAAGUCGGAGGAGCAGAGCCCGAAGCGCGUGGAGAAGGCGGAAGAGAGUGUGGAGGGUGCGCAGCCGGCGGUGCGGAAGAAGGCAAAGACGAAGAUUGGGAACAAAAGCAAGAGGAAGGGCAAGAAGACCACCAACCGCUUUCCAGAUGGCGAGGAGGGCGAGCAGGAGCACCAGGACUACUGUGAGGUGUGUCAGCAGGGCGGCGAGAUCAUCCUGUGCGACACGUGUCCGCGCGCUUACCAUCUCGUGUGCCUCGAUCCGGAGCUCGAGGAGGCGCCCGAGGGCAAGUGGUCGUGCCCGCACUGUGAGGCUGACGGCCCGGUGGAGCAGGAUGAGGAUGAGCACCAGGAGUUCUGCCGUGUGUGCAAGGAUGGCGGCGAGUUGCUGUGCUGUGACUCGUGUCCGUCGGCGUAUCACACGUUCUGCCUCAAUCCGCCGCUCUCUGACAUUCCCGACGGUGACUGGAAGUGUCCGCGGUGCAGCUGCCCGCCGCUCAACGGAAAGGUGCAGAAGAUCCUCACGUGGCGCUGGACCGAACAGCCGCCGGCCACGGAGCCCAGCACGUCCAAGAAGACCAAGGGUGUGCGGCGCCGCGAGUACUUCGUGAAGUGGCACGAGAGGAGCUACUGGCACUGCGACUGGAUCACCGAGCUGCAAUUGGACGUCUAUCAUCCGCUCAUGUUCAGAUACUACACGCGCAAGUACGACAUGGAGGAGCCGCCAAAGCUGGAGGAGAUGCUGGACGAGUCGGACAGUCGGUACAAGAGGAUCCUUAAGCACAAGGGCGGCAAGGAGGACGACGAGGAUCUGAAUCUCGAGGAGCGCUACUACAAGUAUGGUGUGAAGCCCGAGUGGCUGAUCAUCCAUCGCGUGAUCAAUCACCGCACAAUGCGCGAUGGCAGGACGCUGUAUCUGGUGAAGUGGCGCGAUCUGGCGUACGAUCAGGCGACUUGGGAGGAGGAGAGCGAGGAUAUCCCGGGCUUCAAGUUGGCCAUUGAGUACUACAUGGACUUGCGGAUGGCGUGCACGCAGGACACGACGGUGAAGCGGAAGGGCAAGAAGGGGCGCAAGAGUCGCGCCAAGGAGCUGGAGGAUGAGGACAAGUUUAUACCCAGACGCUACACGCCGCCGCCGGAGAAGCCGAUCACGGAUCUGAAGAAGAAGUACGACAUUCAGCCGUCUUACAUCUCAGACACGGGCAUGCAGCUGCACUCGUAUCAGCUGGAGGGCAUCAACUGGCUGCGCUACAGUUGGGGCCAGGGCAUCGACACAAUUCUGGCGGACGAGAUGGGUCUGGGCAAGACCAUCCAGACGGCCACGUUUCUCUACUCGCUGUACAAGGAGGGACACUGCAAAGGACCCUUCCUGGUCGCCGUGCCGCUCUCGACGAUCAUCAAUUGGGAGCGAGAGUUUGAACUGUGGGCACCCGACUUCUACUGCAUCACAUAUGUGGGCGACAAGGACUCCAGGGCGGUGAUUCGGGAGAAUGAGCUGUCCUUCGAGGAGGGUGCAGUGCGCUCUGGACGUCCGGGGAAGUUCAAGGCGGCCAGCAUGAAGUUUAACGUGUUGCUGACGAGUUACGAGCUGAUUAGCAUCGAUGCGGCGUGUCUGGGCAGCAUUGAUUGGGCUGUGCUGGUGGUGGACGAGGCGCACAGGCUGAAGAGCAACCAGAGCAAGUUCUUCCGCAUUCUGGCCAACUACAACAUUGCAUACAAACUGCUGCUGACGGGAACGCCGCUGCAGAACAAUCUGGAGGAGUUGUUCCAUCUGCUGAACUUCCUCUCCAAGGACAAGUUCAACGAUCUGGCGGCAUUUCAGAGUGAAUUUGCCGAUGUGUCCAAGGAGGAGCAGGUGAAGCGUCUGCACGAGAUGCUGGGGCCGCACAUGUUGCGUCGCCUGAAGGCCGACGUGUUGAAGAACAUGCCGUCAAAGUCGGAGUUUAUUGUGCGCGUGGAGUUGUCGCCGCUGCAGAAGAAGUACUACAAAUACAUCCUGACCAGAAACUAUGAAGCACUGAAUUCGAAGAGCGGCGGCGGCGCCUGUUCGCUGCUCAAUGUGAUGAUGGACUUGAAGAAGUGCUGCAACCAUCCGUACUUGUUCCCCUCGGCGGCCGAGGAGGCGCCUCUGGGCCCCGGCGGUGGCUAUGAGUUGCAGAGCUUGAUGAAGGCGGCGGGAAAGCUGGUGCUGCUGUCGAAGAUGCUGAAGUUGCUGAAGGAGCAGGGACACAGGGUGUUGAUCUUCUCGCAGAUGACCAAGAUGCUGGAUAUUCUGGAGGAUUAUCUGGAGGGUGAGGGAUACAAGUAUGAGAGAAUUGACGGAUCCAUCACGGGAGCGCUGCGUCAGGAGGCUAUUGAUCGCUUCAAUGCUCCGGGAGCAGCUCAAUUUGUCUUCCUGCUGUCCACCAGAGCGGGUGGAUUGGGCAUCAAUCUGGCCACAGCGGACACGGUGAUCAUCUAUGAUUCCGAUUGGAAUCCACAUAAUGACAUUCAGGCGUUCUCGCGUGCGCACAGAAUUGGUCAGGCGAACAAGGUGAUGAUCUAUCGAUUUGUGACGAGAAAUUCAGUGGAGGAGCGCGUGACGCAAGUGGCCAAGCGGAAGAUGAUGCUGACACACUUGGUGGUGCGUCCGGGAAUGGGUGGGAAGGGAGCCAAUUUCACCAAGCAGGAACUGGAUGACAUUCUGCGAUUUGGCACGGAGGAGCUGUUCAAGGAGGACGAAGGCAAGGAGGAGGAGGCGAUUCACUAUGACGACAAGGCGGUGGCCGAACUGCUGGAUCGCUCGAAUAAGGGCAUUGAGGAGAAGGAGAGCUGGGCCAAUGAGUAUUUGUCAUCCUUCAAGGUGGCAUCGUAUGCAACGAAGGAGGAGAAUGAGGAGGACAUGGACACGGAGAUCAUCAAGCAGGAGGCGGAGAAUUCAGAUCCGGCGUACUGGGUGAAAUUGCUGAGGCAUCACUAUGAGCAGCACCAGGAGGACUUGGGACGCACUCUGGGCAAGGGGAAGCGCGUUCGGAAGCAGGUGAACUACACAGAUGGCGGUGUUGUGGCCACGGAAUCGCGUGAGGACACGAAUUGGCAGGAGAAUGUGUCCGACUACAAUUCGGACUUCUCGGCGGGCAGCGAUGAGGACAAGGAGGAUGAUGAUUUUGAUGAGAAGAACGAGAAUGCUGACCUGAGUCGGCGCAGCAAGCGUCGAAUGGAGCGGAAGGAGGACAGAGAUCGUCCACUGCCGCCGCUCUUGGCGCGCGUCGGUGGGAAUAUCGAGGUGUUGGGCUUCAAUGCCAGGCAGAGGAAGAGCUUCCUGAAUGCCAUCAUGCGGUACGGCAUGCCGCCGCAGGAUGCCUUCAACUCGCAGUGGCUGGUGAGGGAUUUGCGCGGGAAGAGUGAGAGGAACUUCAAGGCAUACGUGUCGCUCUUCAUGAGACACCUGUGCGAGCCGGGAACGGACAAUGCGGACACCUUUGCCGAUGGCGUGCCGAGAGAGGGAUUGAGUAGACAGCAUGUGUUGACGAGGAUUGGCGUGAUGAGCCUAAUCAGGAAGAAGGUGCAGGAGUUUGAGCACAUCAAUGGAUAUUACAGCAUGCCGGAGUUGAUCAGGAAGCCGUGUGAGCCUGUGAAGCCCAUUGUGAUCAAUGAUGGAGAGAAGAGUGCCACCACGAGCACCAGUGCCACACCGGCGACAUCGGCGGCGGCCAGCCCGAUUCCUCAGGUGGACAAGGAGGGCGAGAAGGAGGCACCGGAGAAGGAGGAGGAGAAGCCCGAGAAGAAGGACGAGGAGAAGCCAGCUGAGGAGACUCAGGGUGGUGAGAAGAAGGAGGAAUCUGGCGAGGAGAGUGAUGCGAAGGACGUGAAGGCUGAGGAUGUGAAGCAAGAGUCCACGGCGGAGAAUCCUGAGGAGGCUGACAAGCCUGAGGCUGACGCCAAGACGGAUUCGGUGAAGAGUGAGAAGGCGGCGUCACCGAAGAAGGACGACGACGACGAUGUGGUGGUGGUGAAGGAUGAUUAUGAGAGCAAUGUGAAGAAGGAGGAAAAGACGGAGAUGAAGAUUGAUGAGAAUCUCGAGGUGCACAAGCGCAACUUCAUGUUCAACAUUGCCGAUGGAGGCUUCACGGAGCUGCACACGCUGUGGCUGAAUGAGGAGAAGGCGGCAGUGCCGGGGCGGGAGUACGAGAUCUGGCACAGACGUCACGAUUACUGGCUGCUGGCGGGCAUCGUCACACAUGGAUAUGGCAGAUGGCAGGACAUUCAGAAUGACAUUCGCUUCGCGAUCAUCAAUGAGCCGUUCAAGAUGGACGUGGGCAAGGGAAACUUCCUGGAGAUCAAGAACAAGUUCCUCGCCAGGCGCUUCAAGCUGCUGGAGCAGGCGCUGGUGAUUGAGGAGCAGCUGAGGCGGGCGGCGUAUCUCAAUCUCACGCAGGACCCCAAUCAUCCGGCGAUGUCGCUGAAUGCUCGCUUUGCGGAAGUCGAGUGUCUGGCCGAGAGCCACCAGCAUCUCAGCAAGGAGUCGCUGGCGGGCAACAAGCCGGCCAAUGCGGUGCUGCACAAGGUGUUGAAUCAGCUCGAGGAGCUCCUGUCGGACAUGAAGAGCGACGUGUCUCGUCUGCCGGCCACUCUGGCCAGGAUUCCGCCCGUGGCGCAGCGUCUGCAGAUGUCUGAGCGCUCCAUUCUGUCCCGCUUGGCGGCCACGGCGGGAAAUGUGCCCAAUGCUGCACAAAAUAUGCCCCAAUUUCCCACCGGAUUCCAGGGCGCUGCAUUGUCGUCAUUUGGCGGACCGGCGAGCAACUUUGGCAACUUCAGGCCACAAUUCUCUGUUCCCGGACAACCGGCCACUGGAUUUCCCUCAUCUCAGUAAACACAAUUGUCAGCUCUAAACUCAACAUAAAUAGCUGCAUGUUUGAUCCCGAGAGGCGGAUAAAUCAGCAUAAUUAGCAAAUAUAUUUCACACAACACGUCUAUAUUUAAUGACAGAUGAAUUGUCACCACAGAUUUCUUAAGAGGGUUCUUAUCACUUAUAUUUUUAGGUUGCAUAAUGAAUAUUUUUUAAUUAUAUUAUAGUUUGUAAUGGAGUUUCUUUGCCCUUAAAUUUUUCUCUUUGGUAAAUUAUUAGUUUUCCUCAAAACCCUUUGUUCAGGGGUUGUUUUUUUUUGUUUUUAAUCACUUUAUCUCUUCAGUAUUCUGUGUCCCGCUCAUCAACCUUCUUUUUGUUCCCAUUCGUCGUUUUUUUCUUUCGUCAUUUAUGAUUAAAGACGCGUAACGAGUAAGGAAUUUUAAAUUUACCAACAUUCCCCAAAAUAGUGAGUGAAUAAUAAAAAUGAUGAAGCAUAAAAUGGUUGGCAUAAGUAUUAAAUU